AUGUCCUUCAUCAAAAGCGACGUCUUCAACGCGAGUGGGGUGGGAUAUCGUUACCACCCUAAUGCAUGUGACAAGUAUCUGCAGUGUUACUAUGGCCCCGGAGGUGAGGUGAGGGGUCUCUAUCGCACCUGCCCCUUCGGACAUCACUGGGACCAGCUGACUCGUAGAUGCAACAAUGUCUGGGAGGUGGACUGUCCCAUGGAAAAAUGUCGAAUGGGGAACGUGUUGAGUUACGCCAUGGACGGAAACUGCCGCGGCUUCUGGUCUUGUGACUCCAGCGGCCGGGUGGCGGCGGAAUGCUGUCCCGAGGGGUACAGAUACACUACCCGGGGGUGCAAGCCGGACUUCAAUUGCCAGGACCACUGUCCUUCAUCCUGCUUCGGCACAGGGGUCUGUGACAAGCUGCCAGUGUGGGGAGACUCCUCCAAGUUCCAGAUAGAUGGGGGUCAGAAUGGAUGGCUCUCCGCCGACUGCCCAACCGGGACAGAAUUCAGCAUCCUCGAAUGUGCAUGCAUAAAGCGGAGAAACCAUGAUUGCAGUCCUCAAGCAUUCGUGGUGUUUGAUGAGGCCUUCAUCAAUUCUACUUCCUGGGUCAGAACUUCUAACAUUAACUUUCAAGGCGGCAUCGCCCAGUUUGGCCAGGGUCGAAUUAAUGUCGACCUGACCACCUCACCUGCGACUCCACAAAACCCACAGGUGUUGUUCCUGCGGUACAGAGAGGCCACCGAGAUGAACCCUUCCAGACAGGUGCUUGUCAGUGGUACCGACUGUAACGGCAAAGAAAACCUCGUUAUAGCCCUGGUGAAUAGACAGCUGGUGUUUGAAAUAAUGUCAUGGGUAGGAACUACGCACUCAGUCACCAUGGCAACCCAGGGGUUCCCUGCUCCCGAUUGGAAGGAUGUGAUUCUGAUGUACAACGGCAACACCAUGGUCGGCAUCAUCAAGUCGGACAAGACCAGGUUCUUCAGCCAUGCAUUGGCCCCCAAGAGCAGUAUCAUGGAGUGUGGACUGACCCUUGGGACUGACCUCACGCGGACUAAGAACUUCAGGGGAGAAAUGUCCAUGCUGGACAUCUACCAGUGUGACCCCGACUAUCUGACCUAGCGCACCAGGCGACAGACCGCUGAAGGAAGGGGAAUAACUCUGCCGACUUAUUGUCAGGGUUGAUAGACAAGCACGGAGGAUGCCAGUGUAUAUACUAGCCGAUCUAGAGCUACCAUGUUACUGUGUAUAUAGAACCACGUGUACGUCACUGUACGUGUAGGUACAGUAAGAAUGUACAGUACUUGUGUGUUUCGUCUAAGUAGUGUUGCCUUGCACCUGCCAUGGAUAGUCCGGUUCAAACAUGUCUGUAUGUGUACGCGCCCGGUGUGCUGACGUGUCUCUGUGAUGUAGACGUGUCGUGGUAGAUGUCCCUGGUG